UAGCGUAGGUUUUAUUCGGUGAAGAGCUAGAUUAUCUUAAUCAGUAUAAGGCAUAUAUAUAUAUAUUUAUAGCAUCUUUAAGUGUAAUUUAACCUGUGACUAGAUAGUGGCAUUGGUGAAAGGGGAAACACCCCCUCCACCAGGACCACUGCACCAUUGCUCCAAUUAAUAUCAGAGCACCACACAACUGCUUUCCGAACGUGUCAAAAAAUGUUUCAUCACAGGGCUCUGGCAGCUCCUUACAUUAAAAACAGGCUCCAAUGCUAUUAGGGCCCUCAUUCAUUAUUAUGCCCUAAUUUGCUCUGGCAGCGGAACACUUGUAUUCAAGUCAAUCCAACUUCCUUGUUACAGCCUGCUGGAAUUUUCUGUCUCCAUCUCCAACAACGCCUGAUUUCAUCUCAGCCAAUCAGAGAGGGCGACUAGGUCAAUUAGUGACUCAUCCAAGCAGAGAGAGGAAAGUGAAAUUUAACUGCUGGCUGGAGAAUUAUGGAUGCAAACACCCUCCUAAAAAGUCUGAGCAAGGAAGCUUCGUGUGGUAUUUGCCUUGACUAUUUCAAGGACCCUGUGUCUGUACAUUGUGGGCACAAUUUCUGUGAGCCCUGUAUCACUCAGUGCUGGGAGGGACAGGAGAGCAACGUUUCCUGCCCCCAGUGUGGAGAAAGCAGCCAGCAAAAGAGCUUCAAAGAGAACCAGCAUCUGGCAAGAAUUGUAGAAAUAGUCAAAUCUCUGGAUCUCGAAGCAGCCAAAGUGCUAGAAGAUGGGAGAGUGUGUGAGAAGCACUUAGAACUCCUGAAAGUCUUCUGUAAAGACGAUAAGACCCCCAUCUGCUUGGUGUGCGAUAUUUCCAAGGAGCAUCGGCAUCACACUGUGAUUCCUAUAGAAGAAGCUGUUCAGGAUUACAAGGAACAAUUUCAGAUGCAACUGAAGAUGUGGAAGCAAAAGAGAGAACAAUUCCAGGCCCUGAAACUGGCUGAAGAGAAAAGAAGUUCAAAAUGUCUUCAAAGGUUAGACAGUGAAGGGAAGAAGAUUGUCUCUGAAUUUGAACAGCUCCAUCAGUUUUUAGAGGAUCAAGAAGAACUUCUGCUGGCCAGUCUGGAACAGCUGGAGAAGGAGGUAAUGAAGGAGGAGAAGACCAUCACUUCCAGACUCUCAGCAGACAUUUCCAAUCUUAGUGACCUCCUCUUUGAGAUAGAAGAGAAAUGUAAGCAGCCCAUGAGCGUAUUUCUCCAGGAUCUCAAAAACACCUUAAGCAGAUGUGAACAACAGGUGACGCAGCAGCCAGUGGAGCACUGUCCUGAUCUGGAGAAGAGACUGAAGGCAUUUUCUGAGAAAAGGAUGCAUCUGGAAGAGAUCCUGAAGAAUUUCAAAGCUGCUGUAUCAAUUGAAUUGGAGAGCACACCUUUCUCAAAAGAGGAACUGAGAGUCCGGAAAGGCAGGACAAGAUUAUUUGAACUGCCUUAUGCUGAGGUGAAAAAAAGAGGCACAAGAGUGAAUGUGACACUGGAUCUGGACACCGCAAACCCCUUCCUCAUCCUCUCGGCGGAUAAGAAGAGUGUGAAGCUGGGAGAUGUAUGGCAGGACGUACCUGACAAUCCUGAGAGAUUCGACACUUACCCCUGUGUGCUGGGCUGCGAGGGACUCAUAUCAGGGAGACACUACUGGGAAGUUGAAGUGGGCCAUGGAGGGUACUGGGCUGUGGGCUUUGCAAAGGAAUCUGUUAAGAGGAAAGGAGAAAUCAUCCCUAGCCCUGAGGAGCAGAUCUGGGCUCUACAACAUCGUGGGGAUCACCUUGAGGCUCUUACCGAUCCUGUGACUGUACUGCCCGUGUGCAACUGCCCCAGGAGGAUUUGGAUAUUUCUAGACUAUGAAGAGGAUCGAGUGGGUUUUUUUGAUGCUGAUACGUCAGCUCUGAUCUACAUUUUCUUACCUGCUGUUUUCAGUCAGGAGAGAAUCUUCCCUUGGCUCUGGGUCUGGCCUGGAACUGAGCUGAGACUUUAGCAGUAAGAUUUGAUCCUGGUUUAUUGGGCAACUUGGAGUGAGGUUCAGUGACGCCCAUGCAAAAAUCACUUUUCUAGCCUUCAGUUGUAAUUUCUGUGGCACUGGGAGAAUGGUUUUACAGGCCACAUGCUGCUUGCAGGGCAGCAGCUAUCUCGUUGUGAAACAAAACUCACAUUUUCUUCAGCAAAACCCCAAUUUUUGUGCCAUAAGAUAUGCUAUUGAAUCAGAUUGAGCAAAUCAAUUGUAAACUAGACAAACUGUUUGUUAAUCUUGAGUAUGCACAUUGUGACAAUAUUUAGCUGUUUUAAAAACAACCAAAGUUGAGAGGAUCCAUAGGAUUUAAUAGUCAAGUAAAACACUGACUUAGCAGUGGCACAAACAAUCCUGCCACGGAGCAGUUCCCGCAACACCUUUCUUUAAAAAAACCCUUCACUUUGGAUGCGCUGCAGUCAGAGUGAAGUUCCUGACAGUUGCAUGAGUGUGCGCCCACACACACAUACCCAAGCUUUAAUUCUGCAGAGUGCUCUAUGGCCCCAGAAGAACUGUGAGAACUGAAGAGGGUAGGUGUGUCUGCUAUAAACAGUUGUUUUAAAAAACCAAACACAUCAUGGCAACUGUUGCUGCUGGCUGGUGAAGAGCAAGGUCCAGGCAGGCAAGCACUGGCAGUCAGAAAUACACUUUUCCUUUUUUCUAACUUUUAUUCAAAACACCUUAUAGAGGUUCUUGGACCCACCAGAGACAGUGGGCCCAACAAGUCCAAUAACAUACUUUGAAUAAAAGCUAGAAAAAGGGCAAGGAUGGGGAGAGUGAGACCCUUUUUCUUUCUUGGAAAAAAAGGGGGGGACCCGUUCUCUCCCUUCACUUCUCACCAGGGUUCAUUCCCUUACCUACAGCCCCAAAGAGGGAAGAGUGAGCGAUUAAGUGUGUGUGUGUGUGUGUUUGUGAUGCAUGUGUGUGUAGAAAUCAGUGUGGUGGUAUGAAGGGCCCUAGAGGAGAUGUUGCCUAGGGACCCCCAAGAACUUGGAAAUGAAGACGAUUAAAAGGGUGGGGGGAGAGAAAUAAAUGGAGACCCAUUGAAGUGCAUGUUUUCCAGGCCUUUGAUUUCAUUCAGAAUAAACUAUAGAAAUCAGUAUAA